CCGGGCGCUGCCGGCCGGUCGGCGGUCGCAUGAGCCGCGUGCGGGGGGCGCUGUGUCGGGCCUGCCUCGCGCUGGCCGCGGCCCUGGCCGCUCUGCUCCUGCUGCCGCUGCCGCUGCCCCGCGCGCCCGCCCCGGCGCCGAGCCCUGGCCCGGGCCCGCGCGCGCCCCCCGCCCGCGCCCCCACCCCCCACCUGCGGCCCGACGACGUCUUCAUCGCCGUCAAGACCACCCGGAAGAACCACGGGCCGCGCCUGGGGUUGCUGCUGCGCACCUGGAUCUCCCGGGCCCGUCGGCAGACCUUCAUUUUCACUGAUGGGGACGACCCUGACCUGCAGCUUCCAGCAGGCAGCCACGUCGUCAACACCAACUGCUCGGCUGUGCACACCCGCCAGGCGCUGUGCUGCAAGAUGUCGGUGGAGUACGACACGUUCAUUGAGUCUGGGCGCAAGUGGUUCUGUCACGUGGAUGACGACAACUACGUGAACACCAAGGGCCUGCUGCGGCUGCUGGCCACCUUCUCGCCCAGCCAGGACGUCUACUUGGGGCGGCCCAGCCUGGACCACCCCAUCGAGGCGACCGAGCGGGCUCAGGGAGGUGGCACGGUGACCACCGUCAAGUUCUGGUUUGCCACCGGGGGCGCUGGGUUCUGCCUGAGCAGAGGCCUUGCCCUGAAGAUGAGCCCGUGGGCCAGCCUGGGCAGCUUCAUGAGCACGGCCGAGCGGGUGAGGCUGCCGGACGACUGCACGGUGGGCUACAUCGUGGAGGGGAUGCUGGGCGCUCGCCUGCGGCACAGCUCGCUCUUCCACUCCCACCUGGAGAACCUGCGGAGGCUGCCGACCCACACGCUGCUCCAGCAGGUGACCUUGAGCUACGGGGGUCCCGAGAACCCACAUAACGUGGUGAACGUGGCCGGAGGCUUCAGCCUGCAGCAGGACCCCACCCGGUUUAAGUCUGUCCACUGCCUUCUCUACCCGGACACGGACUGGUGUCCUGUGCAGAAGCGGAGCGACUUCGCCUCUCGGUGACCCUCAACCCCUGACCUAGGGGGUGGCUUUGGGCAGUGCCUGCCCCCGCCCCGGCCUCGGUUGGCUCCCUUAGGCGGUCCUGGCCACAGCCACAUCCAGGAAGUCGUGGGCAGCCAGCAGACAAGGCCUCCCCACAGGCCCUGGCAGGCCCGGGGGCCCAGCGAGCUCAGGAGCUGCCUGGCCUGCCCGACGCCAGAGCCUGGGCUGCCGCCCCAGGAGCCUGCCGCCACCCCAGCCACGGGCCGCCUCCCUGAGGCCUGGGCGGGGCGGGGGCCGCUGUCCAGUGCCCAGGGCUCUCCCUGUCGGAGAGGGACCCUGGGCAGGCCAGCCCUGAGGGGUGGGCUCCAGGCCAGGGUCUUGCGUGGGGUCCCCCUCAGGGGCCUAAGUGCAGGCCUCCGGGGGCGGCUGCCCCCACACCCGUGGGCCCCGGGCAGCCGUGCCCUUUGGCAUCUCCCCGUAGGAGCCACUCUGUCGGGGGCCCCUCCGCCAGACCCCUCCGUGGAGGCCUCGAAGUCACACCUGCGGUCUGGCUCAGCGCCCCUGCCGGCCCUCUGCCCCUGGCUCCAGGCCUGCGCAGCAGGAGCCUCUGCGCCCCCAGCGGUGGGACGGCCCUCCGCUGCGCGGACCCGCCCGCCAGUGCCUUUCUGGGGAGGGGAGGGUGGUGCCAGCCCGCAGCCCCGCCCUGGCCUCCCGCUCCGCUGCUGCAAUAAGCGAAUAAAAGUGUGGU